UGAGGAGCAGCGAGGAGGGAAGGAUGCUCUGUGAUGCUCCUGACCAAUGAUGCCACUGCCUGCUCCAGUCCUCUCGCGCGUUCCCAACUGAGGUGCUCUACACUAAGGCCCGCUAGGAUGAGCUGUCCUUCAACUCAGACUGUCCCUGCCAGAAAGUUACCUGAAGCGGCGCAGCCCAAAGCCUCUUCAUGGACCCAUCAAAUAUGACAUCCCUUGCUGAGGAGAAAGCCAUGAACACCUCCAGCAGGAACGCCUCCCUGGGGAGCGCGCACCCUCCCAUUCCCAUAGUGCACUGGGUCAUCAUGAGCAUCUCCCCUCUGGGCUUUGUGGAGAACGGGAUCCUCCUCUGGUUCCUCUGCUUCCGGAUGAGGAGGAAUCCCUUCACGGUCUAUAUCACCCACUUGUCCAUUGCGGACAUCUCGCUCCUCUUCUGUAUUUUCAUCCUGUCCAUUGACUAUGCGCUGGACUACGAGCUCUCUUCUGGUCACUACUACACAAUUGUCACAUUGUCGGUGACGUUUCUAUUUGGCUACAACACGGGCCUCUACCUGCUGACGGCCAUCAGUGUGGAAAGAUGCCUAUCGGUCCUCUACCCAAUCUGGUACAGAUGCCACCGCCCCAAGCACCAGUCGGCCUUCGUCUGUGCCCUCCUGUGGGCACUUUCGUGCUUGGUGACCACCAUGGAGUAUGUCAUGUGCAUCGACAGCGAGGAAGAGAGUCACUCUCGGAGCGACUGCCGGGCGGUCAUCAUCUUUAUCGCCAUCCUCAGCUUCCUGGUCUUCACCCCGCUCAUGCUGGUGUCCAGCGCCAUCUUGGUGGUGAAGAUCCGGAAGAACACAUGGGCCUCCCACUCUUCGAAACUGUACAUCGUCAUCAUGACCACCAUCAUCAUCUUCCUCAUCUUCGCCAUGCCCAUGCGGGUGCUCUACCUGCUGUACUACGAGUACUGGUCUGCCUUCGGGAACCUGCACAACAUCUCCCUGCUCUUCUCCACCAUCAACAGCAGUGCCAACCCCUUCAUCUACUUUUUUGUGGGCAGCAGCAAGAAGAAGCGCUUCAGGGAGUCCUUAAAAGUGGUUCUGACCAGGGCUUUCAAAGAUGAAAUGCAGCCCAGACGCCAGGAGGGCAACGGCAACACCAUCUCCAUCGAGACCGUGGUCUGAGGACUGCAGCAGGGAACUGUGGGCAGAAACAGUGGAAUGCGGGUGGCUUUUGAUGUGUGCUUUGAGGUUUAAAUCUUCAAAGUAUGCUACAGAAGGGAAGCAUUCCACGUGCAUGGGGGUCUAAUGAUGAGCUUGCGUUCUUAUCUCGUGUUGUCUGGAAAUGUUUCCGUAUGUGACGGGGCUCUGUCUUCUUCCAUCCUUAUCAAAGACUUAUCUGUCUUUUAGCUCUUUGGUAGUGAUCAAUAGUUAACUACAAAAACUGCUCUAGCAGGAGGCAUCCCAAAUGGGACCUGGAGAACCUA